AUGGAUAGGAAGUUGGAACAAGGAACCAGCGUGAAAUUUUGUGUUGAACUUUGGAAGUCUGCUGCAGAGAGAUUGACAAUGCUUCGGGAAGCUUACGGCGACGAAUCAAUGGGUCGUACGCAAUGUUUCAAGUGGCACGGGCGCUUCAAAACCGGAAGAACAUCUCCGGUAGACGAUGAGCGAUCUGGAAGACCUGCCAUGAGAGUCACCCAGGAAAAUGUGGAGAAAAGUUCUCAGCUUGUGCAUGAGAAUGGUCGGAAGACAAUCAACAAGAUUUUGAAGCGCCUCAGGAAGACAUUCGGUGAAAGCGAUCGGAUCUGUGGAGCGCGAGCAAUUGAAUUCUUGCCGACGACAAUGCACUGA